AUGUUGUUUGAGCGAUUUGGGAGGUCAGAGCAAACAAUUGGCAGUGUUUUUGGGAAUUCCACAUAUUCGACACAGCCCCUAUCCCAGGGGUUUAAAGAUCUGGACUAUAAAAUGGGCUACAAAAAGGCAUAUCUCAUGUAUUUUGGUUUUGUUCCAAUCGUAUACAGGCUUGGGAAUAAGUCUUAG